GCGACAUUUCCCAGUCCAGGCCGGAACAUGCCAUGCCUGGCGUUUCUCAUGCCCAGAAAUCAGGCUGGCAUGGCAGUGCGGGGCAGAUCUGGCUAUCUCACUGGCCCUUUGCCUCUGGCAGAAUACGAGGUGCGCCGGGCGAAAAAGAAACCAAGCGGAACCCAGGGAAGUACACCGCCCAAAGAACAAAGUGCACCACGCAAAGAGCCAGAAGCUCACCAACCGGCACAACUUCCAGUGGAACGAAAAGUAGGCCGCCCAUAAAACAACAAGUGCAACCCUUACACAACAAGUAGAACCAAUAAACCACUAGACCACUAAAAGUAGCCAAUAAAAAAAAAGACAACUAGACCACUAAAAGUAGCCAAUA